CCAGAGGGAGGUCUGCAGUGGCACCCAGUGAUCAGGAAGUUUGGUCUGGAGACCAGAGGGCUGACUGGAUACCUCCUCACCCAGGAGGAGAUGAUCAAGGAACACUUCCCUGUCCGCGGUAUGCCUGGCAGUGAGGGGUUUGUGUGUACAGACAGUGACGACUGUGUGACUGACAGUAGUCCUCUCUAUGGGCUGGACUGUGAGAUGUGUCUGACAGAAUGUGGCAACGAGCUGACACGCAUCUCUCUAGUAGACAGCAGAGGGAGCUGUGUUCUGGACGAGCUGGUCAAACCUCCCAACCGCAUCCUACACUACCUUACACAGUUCUCUGGUAUCACCCGUGCAAUGCUGCAGCCAAUCACCACCACCCUGAGAGAAGUCCAAUCAAAGCUCAAGAAAGUGUUGCCCCGGGACGCGGUCCUGGUUGGCCACUCCCUUGAGAACGACCUCGUGGCCCUGAACCUGAUCCACCCCCAUGUGAUUGACACCUCCCUGCUGUACAGGAGAGAGUUUGGACGGAGGUUUAAACUCAAGGUGCUGGCUGAGACCGUGCUCAAGAAGCAGAUCCAGACGGAGGAGAGGAAAGGUCAUGACCCCACAGAGGACGCCCAGGCUGCCCUGGAACUGGCCCAGUACUUCAUACACACUGGUCCACGACAGGUAGUGGAGCUGUAUUGUAAAGAGCUGUGGGGUUGGAGUCCUACCAUGUACCAGCCUCCUGUCAACAGAGCAACAUCUACACACAACAACAACAACAGCUCUCUCAGGUUCGCCGAGGCCCUGAAGAGUUCUGGCCAAUCAGCUGUGUUUAUAGGGAAGCGUGCUGACAACACCCUGGAUCUGUCCAAUCAGCAGUGGCACAGCUCAGACAGAGAGGUCUUGUCUUCCUUUAAAAGAGGACUAGACUCUCACUCGUUCAGCGUUGUCCAGUUGUCUUCCUUCUCUGACCAUCUGAAGGCUAUGAUCUCUACUGACCAGCACUACCACACGAUGUCUCAGCGUAUGAGAGAGAUGUGUGUGGUGUUUGCAGGGCCGUUGCCUAGCGACUACACAGAGAGGGCUGUGAGGAGGCUGUUCAGCAGCUGUGGAACCGUACGAGCUGUCAAGCUGUUGAACGCUACUCAGAGGGUACGUGACCAGAAAUCAGAAGCCAUAAAGCGUCACAGUAGAGCUGAUCUAGGAUCAGGUCCCCCUUGUCCAUUCAUUACCACAGUAGAGCUGAUCUAGGAUCAGGUCCCCCUUGUCCAUUCAUUACCACAGUAGAGCUGAUCUAGGAUCAGGUCCCCCUUGUCCAUUCAUUACCACAGUAGAGCUGAUCUAGGAUCAGGUCCCCCUUGUCCAUUCAUUACCACAGUAGAGCUGAUCUAGGAUCAGGUCCCCCUUGUCCAUUCAUUACCACAGUAGAGCAGAUCUAGGAUCAGGUCCCCCUUGUCCAUUCAUUACCACAGUAGAGCUGAUCUAGGAUCAGGUCCCCCUUGUCCAUUCAUUACCACAGUAGAGCUGAUCUAGGAUCAGGUCCCCCUUGUCCAUUCGUUACCACAGUAGAGCUGAUCUAGGAUCAGGUCCCCCUUGUCCAUUCGUUACCACAGUAGAGCUGAUCUAGGAUCAGGUCCCCCUUGUCCAUUCAUUACCACAGUAGAGCUGAUCUAGGAUCAGGUCCCCCUUGUCCAUUCAUUACCACAGUAGAGCUGAUCUAGGAUCAGGUCCCCCUUGUCCAUUCAUUACCACAGUCGAGCUGAUCUAGGAUCAGGUCCCCCUUGUCCAUUCGUUACCACAGUAGAGCUGAUCUAGGAUCAGGUCCCCCUUGUCCAUUCAUUACCACAGUAGAGCUG